AAAAGCAGAAUAUUUUAGGGCUGGGACACAUUUCUUUCUGGUCACUGCUGACCAGGCCCAAAAUGCAGCUCAGGAAAGUGAUUCUGCUGUUGCUUUUAUUUCUGAAAUCAGGUCACGGACACUCCCUUGACGACUAUGUGGCCAUGCAGGAGGUCUCCUUGUCCGGCAGCUCCUCAAAGCAGAUCGACACGGACAGUGCGGACGAGUGUGCCACCAAGUGUGAGGAGGAGACAGAACUAAGCUGCAGGUCAUUUCACUAUCAUAGUGCAAAACAACAAUGUGUUCUCAUGACUGAAAACAGCAGGACUGCCCAGGUGGUCAAUAUGAGUGAUGUCAUGUUUUAUGAAAAGAGAGUAGCAAACUCACCAGAUCACCAAACUCACUCAGCACAUCUGUGUCUAGAGGGAAAAGGAGAAAAUUAUCGAGGUAAUAUUUCCAUGACAGCAUCUAGGCUUACCUGUCAGAACUGGAGUGAACAAAACCCUCACAACCAUAGUUAUAGUCCAAAGAAGCAUCUUUCCAAAGCCCUGGUCAGAAACUACUGCCGCAAUCCUGAUGGAUCUAGUGCUCCUUGGUGCUACACAACUGAUCCUUCUGUGAGGUGGGAGUACUGCAACAUACCAUCAUGUGAUGCUUCUGAUCACUGUCUGAAAGGAAAUGGUGAAAACUAUCGAGGUUUUGUGUCCAGGACUGCGUCUGGAUACACCUGUCAGCGCUGGAGUGAGCAAGCACCUCACAGUCACAGUUUCAGUCCAGAGAAGCAUCCCUCCAAAAAUCUGGUUAGCAAUUACUGCCGGAACCCUGAUGGAUCCAGUGCUCUCUGGUGUUACACAACCAACCCUGCAGUGAGGUGGGAGUACUGCCUGGUGCCCUCCUGUGACAGCUCUGAUCAGUGUCUGAAUGGUAAAGGUGAAAACUACCGAGGUUAUGUUUCCACGACUGCAUCUGGGUACACCUGUCAGCACUGGCGUACACAGUCCCCUCACAGCCAUAAUUUUAGCCCAGAGAAGCAUCCCUCCAUAAAUCUGGUUAGCAAUUACUGCCGGAACCCUGAUGGAUCCAGUGCUCUCUGGUGUUACACAACCAACCCUGCCCAGAGGUGGGAGUACUGCCUGGUGCCUUCCUGUGACAGCUCUGAUCAGUGUCUGAAGGGAAAAGGUGAAAACUACCGAGGCUAUGUUUCCACGACUGCAUCUGGGUACACCUGUCAGCACUGGCGUGCACAGUCCCCUCACGGCCAUGAGUUUAGCCCAGAGAAGCAUCCCUCCAUAAAUCUGGUUAGCAAUUACUGCCGGAACCCUGAUGGAUCCAGUGCUCUCUGGUGCUACACAACCAACCCUGCAGUGAGGUGGGAGUACUGCCUGGUGCCCUCCUGUGACAGCUCUGAUCAGUGUCUGAAGGGAAAAGGUGAAAACUACCGAGGCUAUGUUUCCACGACUGCAUCUGGGUACACCUGUCAGCACUGGCGUGCACAGUCCCCUCACGGCCAUGAGUUUAGCCCAGAGAAGCAUCCCUCCAUAAAUCUGGUUAGCAAUUACUGCCGGAACCCUGAUGGAUCCAGUGCUCUCUGGUGCUACACAACCAACCCUGCAGUGAGGUGGGAGUACUGCCUGGUGCCCUCCUGUGACAGCUCUGAUCAGUGUCUGAAGGGAAAAGGUGAAAACUACCGAGGCUAUGUUUCCACGACUGCAUCUGGGUACACCUGUCAGCACUGGCGUGCACAGUCCCCUCACGGCCAUGAGUUUAGCCCAGAGAAGCAUCCCUCCAUAAAUCUGGUUAGCAAUUACUGCCGGAACCCUGAUGGAUCCAGUGCUCUCUGGUGCUACACAACCAACCCUGCAGUGAGGUGGGAGUACUGCCUGGUGCCCUCCUGUGACAGCUCUGAUCAGUGUCUGAAGGGAAAAGGUGAGAACUACCGAGGUUACGUGUCCACAACUAUGUCUGGGUACACCUGUCAGAACUGGCGUGCGCAGUCCCCUCACAAACAUGACUUUAGCCCGGAGAAGCAUCCCUCCAUAAAUCUGGUUGGGAACUUCUGCCGGAACCCUGAUGGAGAAAAGGCUCCUUGGUGCUAUACAACCGACCCAGCAGUCAGAUGGGAAUACUGCAUUAUCCCGUCUUGUUAGACCUCUGUUUAAAAGUUCUCCCUUCAGUAUAGAAAAGAUGUGGGCUCAGCCUCAAUGCCUGUUGAUGCGCAGCGGGAUGAAGAUGCCGUGGAACCACAUGCUCAGUGGCACGUGCUCACCUUCCCACUAAAAUGAUGCCGUUAGUGAUUUGGGGGUAAAAUACAACUGGGUGUGUUCAUGAUUUGUGCAAUAAAUCAGAAAGACCAUU